AUGUCGUCCCAAUACGGUGCCGAAGGAACACCUGCUCCGGCUGGAGGGACCCAGACAGGUGGCACAUCCCAGCAUAAGCGCGUCUACCAGGCUUGCAUCCCAUGUCGCCGUCGUAAGGUGCGCUGCGACCUCGGCAGCGUCGACAAUCCCCACGACCCGCCCUGUGUGCGCUGCAGGAGGGAAAGCAAAGAAUGCUAUUUUAGUGCUACGAGGAGGAAGAGGAAAGGCGACGAUGGCGAGGGUAGCGAUGCAGACGACUACACAAUCCGCAAUGGGAGAAAGAGGGUGUACACAAACGAGAACACACCGCCGGUCGUCGAUCGCCGCCUGUACAGCGAGGCACCUCUGACACCAGGAGGCAACCCGGUGGGGCGCACCGACAGCAAUGAUUUCGCGGUGGAUGCCGAUGAGACCCAGCAGGUGCAGAAUCCGGACGCACAAACUGUGAUGCGACCUGGUGUGUACGGUCUUCAUGAUGCCCUUGAUCUACUCUACAAGGCUGCGACAGACACGGACAGGUUGGUUGAGAGCGAGGAGAGCGCCGUGCGUCAGCUUGCUGACAUGAAGCAUAGCCCGCUGAAUGCGCCACGGCCCCAGCGUGAGGAGAGUCGACUGCCCACCGCAUCAAUCUACCAGUCCCACCGUGGUACUGAGCAGCCGGAGCGCAAGCGUCAGAGAAACAGUGCUCCUCAGGUUAGGGUCGAGAAGCAAGCUAUUGAUCCCGGGCUCGGGAAAGGCGAUUUGAGUGCCCAGCCCGGCUAUGCAGAAGCGAUCAAGGCAUGGUCAAGGUUUCGAUUUGAGGCGUUCGGUGGUGGGUUCUGCGGUUCCACCUCCGCACCUGUUGUCUCCGACGAGACUCACAGCAGCAGCACCGCGCCCUGGAGGGGCAUGCGGAAAGGAAGCCUACGUACGCUGGGGACAAUCGAGUCUCUGCUGAUUCUGACCGAGUGGCACCCGCGCGCCCUGCAUUUCCCACCACCAGAUGCCACGGACGAACUCAUGUUACCUGACUUCAACGGGCAAGUCGGGCCUGGAGGGGACGACAUUAAGAACUCUGGCGUCGGCAUUGGUGGAAAACGUCUUGAAAGCUGGCUAGAACCAGCGUGGAGAAGUGAUCGUAUGUGCUGGAUGCUCUUGAGCACGGCGAUGGGCCUCGGCUACGAAAUGGGUGUAUUCGACGACAUUGACGAGCUGCUCAAGGACGAGGCCAUCACAAGGCCUGAAUACCGCGACGAAAUCUACAGGCAAAGAGCAAACCGUAUCAAGCGGCUCCUGCUCAUAUACACCAGUCAACUUGCUGGUCGCUUAGGGUGGACAAGCAUGGCCCCAGAACACUUUCGAAGGGCAGAUCCGGCGGUGACCAGAAAGCGCCCCAUGCCCAACGAUGAGAACACACCGGGUACAGCUCUCUCAUCAAGCUUCUCCAACGCCUUCAUUUAUGUACCCGACCUCGAACUUGAUGACCAGAUCAUCCACUGUUGGGCAGCCAUCACCAAUGCCAUGCACCUUGGCAACGAGAAAAUGUUUCGGUCACGAGCGCACACUGCGGAGAUCAUCCGGACUGGACAGUACCUGGAUCUUUUGAGAGAAUUCACACCCCUCCUGCAGGACUGGUUCAGAGAGUUUGAGAGAUUCCGCCUGCCGCCAUACUUGAAAUACAUCCUCACCAUCGAGUACGAGUACGUCCGCAUCUACAUCAAUUCACUUUCACUCCAAGCCGUUGUCGAACGCUGCACUAGCAAUGCAGGCAACCAGAACGGAACGGGAGGCCUGGCCAAUUCGGGGGUUCAGCUUUCGCCCCAGACUAUUUUGAACUAUUCGAAAUUGCCCCUUGGUCAACUCGGCGGUUUCAGCUCUCACGACCAGGAGUAUGUGCGCGAGGUAGUCGAAGGUUGCCGCAAUCUCUUGGGCAUUGUGGUCGAUGGCCUUUUACCAGGUGGCUAUUUGAAGCAUGCGCCUGUGAGGACCUACUUCCGCAUUAUCAGUGGUGCAAUGUUUCUUCUAAAGACGUUCGCACUGGGCGCGCCACGCUCGGAUGUGAAGAUGAGCAUCGACCUCAUGGACAGAGCGACAGAAGCUUUGCGCAAUUGUGUGGUAGACGACGUUCAUCUUGGUAUUCGAUUCGCAGACUUGCUCGAAACCUUGACUAGUAGACUGCGCAACCGCUUCAUACAAGCUCCAACGAUGCAGCAGGCUUCAGGCAAGGGACAAAGCCCUGUGCCAGAUAACAAUGGCACUGCGUCGGCUUCGGCACCGAAUGGGGCCGAGUCCGACUGGGUUGGCAACCAUGCCCAGACAUUGCGGGAUGAGCUCAAUGGCAACCGCCGACUUCUCAGUCCGACGAUGGAGGGUGGUAACAUUUCGGCUACUCCUUUCGAUCUUUCCGCCAGCGCAUUCCCUUAUCCCGGUGGCGCUUCGCUUGGCCCUGCAACGCCCACUGCUGUCCUGGAUCCGAGCACGAAUCCUCAAUUGUCAGCGCCUGGUACCGGUAUGGACGCAAAUAUGUUUGACGACUGGAACAAUCCUGGAAAUGAGAUGUGGUACCUGCCCACGGGGCCGGCCUUUUUCCAAAACAUGGAGAACAGCAGUGUUGCCAUGACGGCGGAAGGCGUGAACGUAGGCGGACUCGACUUGCUGGACUAUCUUGCUACAGACACUAAUAUUUAUCAUGGAGCGGAUGGGCCAAGCUCCAACGGACCUUUCCCUUAG